AUGGCGGACCCUCUUAGUUUACUUCGUCAGUAUAACGUAAAUAAAAAAGAAAUUAUAGAACGUGAUAAUCAAAUAAUAUUUGGCGAAUUUUCGUGGCCUAAAAAUGUGAAGACUAACUAUCUUAUGUGGAAAUCUGGAAAAGAAGGAAGUGACAAGGAAUAUUACACACUGGAAUGUUUGCUGUUUAUUCUUAAAAAUAUACACUUAGCUCAUCCAGUUUAUGUUAAGCAAGCAGCUGCCGCAAACAUUCCACCUGUUCGUCGUCCUGAUCGUAAAGAACUGCUGGCUUAUUUAAAUGGUGAAACUGCAACUUGUGCAUCUAUAGAUAAAAGUGCUCCACUAGAAAUAUCAACCCAGGUCAAACGUACACAUGAUCAUGAUGGAGGUGAAUCUGCAGCUAAAAAACCUCGCAUUGAGGAGACGCAUGUACAAAAAGUACGAGAGCAAUUGGCAGCUCGUCUUGAUGCACCGAAAGAAGCUUCAGUCACAGUUGAUAAUAUAAAGUCACUGUCGGAGGCUAUGUCAGUGGAAAAAAUUGCUGCCAUUAAAGCUAAGCGUUUAGCAAAAAAAAGGACAACUAUCAAAAGUAAUGACUACUCCGACACUUUAGGUGUUGUUGGUUCCGAUCUUAGAGCCAUCCUUGACUAUGAUGUUGAUCUUACCAAAGAUAUUAUUAGUCGGGAGAGGCAAUGGAGGACUAGAACUACAGUAUUACAAAGCAAUGGAAAGACUUUUGCAAAGAGCAUUUUAGCCCUAUUGGGUAGUAUAAGAGCAAGAGAAGAAGGUAGACCCGGAGUGCCUCGGCCUCCACCAGUAGUAAUGCCGCCACCGACUACAAUCCCUGCACAACAGACCCAGUAUAACAGAUACGAUCAAGAAAGAUUUAUUAGACAGAAAGAAGAAACGGAGGGUUUUAAAAUUGAUACUAUGGGUACAUAUCACGGUAUGACCCUGAAAUCGGUGACGGAAGGACCGAGCGCGCCGGCGCCAGCGCGUGCCCCGCAGACACCAAAUCACCCACGACAAAUGCCCCAGAACGGCCCAGCGUCGACGCCGGGGCGGCGCGAGCUGCUGCCGGCGGCGGCGGCGCGCGCGCCGGCCGGCGGCAAGCGGCCCUCGCGCACGCCCAUCAUCAUCAUCCCCGCCGCCGCCACGUCGCUCAUCACCAUGUACAAUGUUAAGGACAUGCUACAGGAGCUUAAAUUUGUGCCUGUGGAGCAAAAGAAAGCAGAAGGAGCUGCACGUGAAAAUGAAGUAUUAUUACAAAGAAGAAAGGGACCUACAGGAGAUCAAGUUCCUAACAAUGCUACUACAAUAACGGUGCCAUAUCGCGUUGUAGAUAACCCUGGAAGGUUGUCGGCUGCGGAGUGGGACCGCGUGGUCGCAGUGUUCGUGCAGGGUCCGGCGUGGCAGUUUAAAGGCUGGCCCUGGGACGGCAACCCUGUUCAAAUAUUUGCUAAUAUCUGCGCCUUCCACCUGAAGUUCGACGAGAUGAAGCUGGACGCGAACGUGGCGCGCUGGGCCGUCACCGUGCUCAACCUCAGCCGCACCAAGCGCCACCUCGACCGCGCCGCGCUGCUCGCCUUCUGGGAGACGCUCGACAAGCACAUGAUGAAGAAUAAGCCACACCUUAGGUUC